AUGGCAGAAUGGGCGUUCAAGAGUUCCAAUAUUGGACGCCCUGAAAUGCCCAAUCAGCAAGCUGGGCUGAUUACAGCCCCUACAGUGAGGCCAGUCCGCCUACGUCAUGUCGAAUAUGCUGAUCUGACACCUUCAGAAGAUGGGGUGGAGACGCCUGCAGCAACCUCUAACCUGCUGCCGGCAAUCAACUCCGAAGAAUUGCAACUGAGGAGAUUUGAUCUCAAAUGUCAAAAAAUUGAUUUAGAACUUCAAAAAGAGAGGUGCAAAGAAUUGCAGCUUCAACUUCAAUUGGAGGGGCUCCGCACUCAGAAUGACAGGGCCGUGAUGCCCACAAAUCCGCCGGUGGGUCGACUGUCAGCAUGGGAUCUGAACUUGAGGUCUCAAAUGCAAUAUAACCUCUACAACCCGGAUAGCCGCGUCGGCAAGGUGAUCAGCCAGUUCAAACAGGAUACUAAGUAUGCCACCAAGCUGAAUGCUCUGGUCAGAUCUUUGAAUUACCUCUCCUGGCAUGUGAAUAUGAAGGCCAAGCUAAUUGACGCUCAAUGCUGGGUUAUAUUGGAGGACAAGCAAGUCAAAAGCCCUGAUGGGGACCCCAAAUGGGCUCCUUUUUGGGAGGCCAAAAAUCGCUGGCUUUAUGUGUUCAUUUUGAACCCGUUGGCAGCCAGCAUUAGGCCCUGUUUUAAUAAUGGGGCUGGAUGUCAUAUUGCAUAUGAUCAAUUGCAAUUUUCUCAAAUAACAGAGGUUAGCAGCUCUACAAUUCAAGUGGCCAAUAAGGCUGCUUUGAAGGUUCAAGGGAUCAGAGUGCCAGACUUAUCCACCAACCUCAUAUCUGCUGGCCUAUUGGAGUGCCAGGGCUAUAUUCACCAUGAUCUGCAGAUGGACACUGGAAAUUACUUUGAGAUAAUAGCAUCUAUAGAAAAUGACAUCUUCUAUGUGAAUUUGAAUUCCAAUAAUAUAUAUGUUCUAUCUGACACCCCCUCUAUGUUUGAGGGUAAUAUGAAUGAUCUGGAGCUUGAACCACUGGCAUACUUGACAGUUCUGAAGUUCAGAGCAAUUUCAACAGAUUAUGAUCUGAACACUGCAUCACUGGGUCUUUUCAACCAUGAUGAUGUGGAGCAGCUAAUUAAUCUGAAGGAUCUGGAUAUCAAUACCUUCAUUGUGUUCCCAUCAAUCUGA